AUAACAACCAGCUCUGGCAGUGAGUUCCUUCUCCAGGCUGACAAUUACCCCACAAUAUGUAAAUGGCAUGAUGCUAUUAAAAGCACAGCUGACAACUUGGUAAGCAGUUUCCUGUUUCUUACAGAUGGUGUAUCUGAAGUUCAACAUUUCUGAAGUGUUUAUGAUUUUGGAUAUUGAAAUUAUGACUAAAUCAUUCAGAAUAUAGCUUAGUCAUAACAUGCUUCUCAAAAUGAAAGUAAGACAAUUCCAUAAAUCAUUGACUAUUUAUCAGGUCAAACGUAUGAUUUUAUGUUCCACAUAGUGCAGAAAAUUGCAUAGACCUGCUUUACUUAAUAAUGAGUGAUAAUAAUGAGUUACUGUAUGCAACCAGUAACCUUUGAAAGGUUGUAACCUCCUUUCUGUUGUAGUCUAAGGGAGCUGGAGGACAGGCCUCUGGCAAGCCUGGCAUACAGAACGCAAACAGCACAGAGUACCUACCCAGACAUGGGUUGCCUAGCAAGACACUGUCACUGCCAAGACCUGCACCUGAUUCCCCCUGCACAAAGGAACCUGAACACAGACGCUCACUCAGUAAGUUGUCUCCAACGACUAUAGUUCUACUACAGUUGCUUAUCAAAACAGUUAUUGACGUGUUAGUACAAGCUUGAACUCAGAGGUAUGCUGAUUAAAAGUUUUCUAUUAUCUGUGCUUCUGUAGGCAUUUAAUUGCUCAAAACAUAACUUUUCUAGGGAAAUGGUUGCUCUCACAUUUGCAUAAUGUAUGUGUGCUCAUUUCCCUUACCCACCAACGUGAUAAGGCCUGACAGCUUUCCUGAUUUUUAGUGGCACUUUUUGUGUUUUAUUUUUUAUAUGCCCAAAAUGUGUGUGGUGACUGUUGAUUUCAAUUAUGGCUCUUGUAGGAACAUGACACAAGAACAUGCUAAUUAACAUUAUGUCAUCAUAUGUCAAGUAGCAAUUAUGUUAAUCCCUGUCAACGGUUCAAAUCAAUCUCGUCACCUUAAGCGCUGCGAGACUAAUAUAUUGAUGUUGGAUGAUCAUAUUAAAAUCUCUAAUUAGGGGCCAGGGACAUAGAGGCCAAGAUCCAGUCUCUUAUUGUUAUCUUGAGCUGCUUAAACCUUUGAUUCUGGCUAUGUUCAUGUCAAUUUAUGGCCAUGAAAAAGACAGUCCUUUACACAAACUGGAGAGCAUCACGGUUAGCUUGUUUUCCACUGUAGGUCCUACUGUAUGUUUUCAGAAAAUUAUAUACAAUUACCUGACAACAAUAUUAUUUGCUUUGCACCUCUGUGUAACCCAACUGUAAUAUAAGAAAUAUAUCCAACUUGUUUCUUGGAUGGCAAAGCUAGUUCGUAGACAAAAUAGGUCAUUUGAUUCAUUUGGGAGGAGCAGUGUUUUUAUUAGAAUGACAAGCAGGACCCGGACUUUCAAAAACUGCAGGGAAUUCCUCUAGACAUGGAGAAGUUCAAUUGGAAUGAAUAAUAGAAAAGGACAGCCAUGGGAGAGACUCCUGGAAAGAUGCCUAAUUAAUAAAUAACAGUGGGACUCUAACGAGAGAGAGAGAGGGGAACAGCGAGGGUCAGGUAGAGAGAUGAGGGGAACCAUGAUAUCCACCUCCACUUUGCUGGUUGAACAUUGUAAAGGCAUAUAGACCUACUGAGCCUUUCUAAAGACACAUUUAAACACCUUAGCUUUCCCUUUCACUUGUUGCCAUUUAACCGUGUGUCUCUGUCUUUGUGUUCCUGACAAGUUUUCAAGUCUUCCAAGCUCAACUACAGCAUGUCGGACAGUGCUGAUAAGAAUGGAGUGAAGAACAGACUCAAAAAGUUCAUAUCAAGACGGCCCUCUAUGAAGACUCUACAGGAGAAAGGCAUCAUCAAAGGUAUCAGAGUAUUCUGUUGUAAAUAUACCAGUAUAAGUGUAUUAUUUUCCACCACACCUCACAUGUUGUGAAGAACACAAAUCUUUCAAAAUGUGUUCUACAUGUUGUCAUCUUUUUCUAUUAGGACAGCGCUUAAAAAAAAAAAAAAAGAGAGUUAACUGUGUCUGUAUAUUCCCAGAUGUCACAAUUUAUUUUCUAAUUGAUUGUAAAUAUAGAAUAACUAGUGAUGAUAAUGAGUUAUUAUACUGAUUUGAAAAGGUCUCGCCAUGUUUAUUAGGAGUCACAGAACAACAGUGAUUGAUCAAAUUAAACCGAAUGCAUUUUACUUGAACAAACCAUGCCAAUCCAACCGGCAACCACAGAAUCCAUUCCUCUAAGGGGGAACUAAUUUAUUGAGCUCACGGUUGAAGGAAAAUACACCAUUAAAGGGCAUAUUUAAGCACAUUUGCAAUCCUUAGAAGAAGGUAACGGUAUUUGGAAUUUCCCCCAGCUUCAAGGAGACCCUUUAAUGUUGUGUCCACGGGACAAACGCUAGAUCAAAGGGAGAGGACGUUAUUGACGGAAUAAAUGAAAUACUUCUGGAUUAAGGAGUGGGGCAGGUGGCCUCCAGACUGUCCUAUUUGGCAAGGCUGGUGGGCAAGCCACUUCAGAGAGUGUGCUUCCUCAAAUCAGGUCCCUCUUCCUCCCCCCUCUUUCCUAUCGUACUUCAGAAUGCAAAUUAAAUCCAUGCGACGCGAGGGUUAUUUGAAUUCCUUUAGGAGGGGUAAUUUUGCUCCAUUUCUCUGCCCCCCUUCCCCUCUCCUCGUCUUUUCUCUUGCUUAUCUGCCGAGCGCUGGGAAGUGCAUUUUGUAUGCAAAGGUGCCGUGCUCGCAGUCAUUUAUGUAUUUGGUGCACCCUCCCCUCCAGUGUAUAAACAAGAGAGGGCAAUCUUUGAUGUUGCACAGUGCUAGAGAGACAGCACUGUUCGAGAGUCCCGAUACUGUAACAUAAGCCAGUUGAUGAGUGAGAAAGUGUACCUCUGUGCAGUCAGUUUGAAUUCCAGUCUAUGAUUGAUGAGGUAUGCUUUGCUAACCCUAGCUUUUGCAAGCCCUAUAGGGUGUCUACUAGAGAUGAACUGACCGGAGUUAGUGACCACAGAAGCCUGAGUUUAUUGCCAGGAAGAACAGGUUAAAUGAGGGACGCCUCAGCAUAUUUAAAUGGACAAAAGCAGAGUAAUGAAGCAAUGGGAAUGUUCAUAUAAGGCAAGAAAAUGUGGCCCCCCUCUCCCUCUGAUUGUAGCAAAGCGGCCUGGGAGACUCAGGGUUCAUGGGAAAAAAUGUUAGCGAUAAAAUGCUAAGUGUGUGAUUAAACAUUAGAUUGUUUAUCCUUUACCAAUGUGGCCGUGGAAUCCAUGUAGCCUACUGUUAGUAGCGCCACCAGAGGAGAGCAGGGCAGUAGGAGUCAAGAGCGAUGAGUGUUACUACUCAUGCUAUGAGAUAAUUACCUAUCCCUCCACAUAAUGAUGAUGAUGAUCAAUGGACAGUAUUAAUGAGAUUGUGUGAAUGGAAAUGACUUAUUAAACAGACCUUUUACCGUUCCACCAAGUUGAGAUCUGAAAACAGACAUUUCAGCACAUUCCACGUUUGAGGACUUUUGAUGCAAUUAAAUGCAAUAGAUGAUGAUGACUGCUAAUUUCUAUAUUUUUACACGGUCUCUUAUUCAGUAGUUCUGGGAAAUGGAUUUUUUUACUGAACAAAUCAAGUCUUUUUCCUCACAGAUCGAGUGUUUGGGUGUCACUUGUUGGCACUUUGCGAGCGGGAAGGGACCACUGUGCCAAAGUUCGUCAGGCAGUGUGUGGAGGCCGUUGAAAAAAGAGGUAUGCACUUUUCCUAAAAUUGUUUUAUUUAAUUAAUACUUUGUUUAUGGGAAAUAAACCAACAAUGGAUAAGAUGUGUGUGGGAAAUAAUUUAAGUAUGGACUGUCUUAUCCUCCUCCUGUAUUGGGGAGUUUGACCCUUCUCCACACCCUGACCCUGUCGAGUCAGCCUGUCCACCCCAGUGAUGCUUCAUCUCACACAGUUACAGUAGCUGCUUCAGCGUUUCACCACUGUUUACACUUCCCCUCUGUUUUGACAUUUGAGAGUGAAUAUAAAAAGACCAAUAGUUGAGAGUGCCUGUUUUAUAAGACGUGUAUCCCGGUCAUUGACUUGUAGUGUUCUCACACAAUGUGUGUGAUCAGUAGUUUCCCAGGCUCUGUCACAUAGCUGGCCAGGCAAAGGGGCUGAACCCUGAGGAAAAUGCUCCUCAGCAUCCCAAAUCACUCACUCCUGGUCCCCGUCCAAUUCCGAGUCCACUUCAGACUGUUUAUAACGCGCUGAAAUUGAGAGUGAAUUAUGUGUUUGUGUAAUGGGUCCCGUUUGUGGUUUUGGCUGAACAUUUGUUCAGGACUAUUAGUUAUCUGGGGGUAAAAUUGCUGUGGCCCGAUAAACACGCUGAGAUAAUAAUAAUGAUUAAGAACGUCUUUUAACUGUAAUGAUUAUGAUCUAAAGGUCUGUUGCAUUUCUUGAUACAUGAUGGACUUUAGUGUGUUAGAAAAUAAACCUUUCGACACGCACGCACUCACUCACACACACACACGCACACACACACACACACACACACGCACGCACACACUCACUCACUCACUCACUCACUCACUCACUCACUCACUCACUCACUCGCACACAUACACACACACACACACACAAACGCACACACUCACUCACUCACUCACUCACUCACUCGCACACACGCACACACAUUCCCACACACAUGCACCCGCACACACACACACACACACACACACACACACACACACAAACAACAUUUGGGAGGCCAUUGGCUGGGCUCUGGACACAGCAGGGAAAGAACAAACAAACAACUUCUGACUGCUUUCUAUGUAAACAAAGGGCCAAACACUGGGGUGAAAUUCCUCUGGACAUCUUAACACUUGAGCAGAAGAAAAUAGCCAGGACGUUAUACAAGAAUGCCUUGCAAAGAAUGAAAUGUACGUCUUCUUUACUUUAAAAAUCAACCAUAUCCUCAAGUUACCCCACCAGUGACAGUGGUACAGGACAUAGCGUGCCACUGUCAACUGCUCGGGAAUGUGGACGGACAUUCAUUAGAGCAAUUGAUAGAAAGGGCCAGAGGAAAGUGUCGCCCCAGCUACCUCUAUGCAGCGGCAGUGUUAGUUUGCACUGACAACAGUGUGACUCAAAUAUUUAGCAUUACAAUCUGUAGCCUAGCCUGUGUUUCAACUUUUAAGCCUCCAGCCUUGUGUAUUUAAAUGCUGGUCACUUUUUAAUUUAUUGUUAGAGUAUGGACAAUGAAAGCAUGACAAUCUGUCAAAGGCUGUUGAGUUGGUUUGGCAGGCUGGUCUCCUGUACUUGGAUGCAAAACCAAAUGGAAGUCAGACUCUAUAAUCAAAGUCACACUCAAAAUGUUACAGUGAAAUAGAGCCAUAUGUUGUCCAAGUCCAAGCCACUAUCUAGGCAAGAUGUCAACUAUCCAUUCCACUGCAAUGAAUGUAAACUUUGUCUAUCGAAAAACCCAGGAAUUGUAUCUAAAUUGGUCAUUUUUGGUCAUAUACAGUGGGGGAAAAAAGUAUUUAGUCAGACACCAAUUGUGCAAGUUCUCCCACUUAAAAAGAUGAGAGAGGCCUGAAAUUUUCAUCAUAGGUACACGUCAACUAUGAUAGACAAAAUGAGAAAAAUAAAUCCAGAAAAUCACAUUGUAGGAUUUUUUAUGAAUUUAUUUGCAAAUUAUGGUGGAAAAUAAGUAUUUGGUCAAUAACAGAAGUUUCUCAAUACUUUGUUAUAUACUCUUUGUUGGCAAUGACACAGGUCAAACGUUUUCUGUAAGUCUUCACAAGGUUUUCACACACUGUUGCUGGUAUUUUGGCCCAUUCCUCCAUGCAGAUCUCCUCUAAAGCAGUGAUGUUUUGGGGUUGUCGCUGGGCAACACGGACUUUCAACUCCCGCCAAAGAUUUUCUAUGGGGUUGAGAUCUGGAGACUGGCUAGGCCACUCCAGGACCUUGAAAUGCUUCUUACGAAGCCACUCCUUCGUUGCCCGGGCAGUGUGUUUGGGAUCAUUGUCAUGCUGAAAGACCCAGCCACGUUUCAUCUUCAAUGCCCUUGCUGAUGGAAGGAGGUUUUCACUCAAAAUCUCACGAUACAUGGCCCCAUUCAUUCUUUCCUUUACACGGAUCAGUCAUCCUGGUCCCUUUGCAGAAAAACAGCCCCAAAGCAUGAUGUUUCCACCCCCAUGCUUCACAGUAGGUAUGGUGUUCUUUGGAUGCAACUCAGCAUUCUUUGUCCUCCAAACACGACGAGUUGAGUUUUUACCAAAAAGUUAUAUUUUGGUUUCAUCUGACCAUAUGACAUUCUCCCAAUCCUCUUCUGGAUCAUCCAAAUGCAGUCUAGCAAACUUCAGACGGGCCUGGACAUGUACUGGCUUAAGCAGGGGGACACGUCUGGCACUGCAGGAUUUGUGUCCCUGGCGGCGUAGUGUGUUACUGAUGGUAGGCUUUGUUACUUUGGUCCCAGCUCUCUGCAGGUCAUUCACUAGGUCCCCCCGUGUGGUUCUGGGAUUUUUGCUCACCGUUCUUGUGAUCAUUUUGACCCCACGGGGUGAGAUCUUGCGUGGAGCCCCAGAUCGAGGGAGAUUAUCAGUAUGUCUUCCAUUUCCUAAUAAUUGCUCCCACAGUUGAUUUCUUCAAACCAAGCUGCUUACCUAUUGCAGAUUCAGUCUUCCCAGCCUGGUGCAGGUCUACAAUUUUGUUUCUGGUGUCCUUUGACAGCUCUUUGGUCUUGGCCAUAGUGGAGUUUGGAGUGUGACUGUUUGAGGUUGUGGACAGGUGUCUUUUAUACUGAUAACAAGUUCAAACAGGUGCCAUUAAUACAGGUAACGAGUGGAGGACAGAGGAGCCUCUUAAAGAAGAAGUUACAGGUCUGUGAGAGCCAGAAAUCUUGCUUGUUUUUAGGUGACCAAAUACUUAUUUUCCACCAUAAUUUGCAAAUAAAUUCAUAAAAAAUCCUACAAUGUGAUUUUCUGGAUUUUUUUUCUCUCAAUUUGUCUGUCAUAGUUGACGUGUACCUAUGAUGAAAAUUACAGGCCUCUCUCAUCUUUUUAAGUGAGAGAACUUGCACAAUUGGUGGCUGACUAAAUACUUUUUUUCCCCCACUGUAAGUCCAAAUCAAAACGUAGUCUUGUCAAAUCUGCUUGUGUAUAAUGUCUAACUUGUAUCCACCAGGUUUAGAGGCUGAUGGCAUCUACAGAGUGAGUGGUAAUCUUGCCACCAUCCAGAAGUUACGAUUCUUGGUUGACCAAGGUAUGUUCUGUUGUUUAAUUCACUUGUGAUUGACUGUAUGUUAUAGUGUUUGUUAUACAGCCACAUAUCCAGUAAACUAAUAUAGUUAGAGUUAUGGAUUAACAGUAGUUGACUUCAUACAGUUCAUACAGUUCAUACAGUUCAUACAGUGUGUUCUGUUGAAAUCAUGGAUGAUUCUGAGUAAUUACUGAGUAAUUCUACUUUACAGCUUAAUUAUGAAUAACUGUAGAGACCUUCUCUUGAUGGUGAAUGAGUAACUGAUCACAAGGCAUUCUUUGGCAAAUAAAAAAUUAUUGAUGAAUACCUUAAGAAUGGGGUCUUUCAGAGUAAAAGCAAGGAUGAUAAAGCAUCCCUCAUGAGACUUCAAGUCAGAUCUGUGUCUCCAGUGAAACACGUCUACGUACUUCAUCUGAAUUAUCCAAUGUUUCCUGUAAGGGACUCCUGGGGGAUUUCUCCAGCAAACCAACAAGAUAACGUUUGUUGUUGUCCUGGCUCUGAGAAUAAAGAAUACACUGGUUGACCUUUAGCCUAAUUUAUCAUUCUGGAAUGUAUUUUUCUGUCUUGAGGUAGCUAGCAACCUUCUUUAUACACCAUUAUUUGUUACUGUGCCCUGCAGUCCUAUAGAUUAAAGAAGUGGUUUGUGAUGCGGGACAUUGAGGAGAGAGUGACAUCAUCAACAUUUUGCACAUUCCGAGCAUUCUGACACAAUGACACCAUGUGUCUACAUUCUGUCCCACACAUUCCAUUUAUCCUGAAUGUGCUCCCAACCCCCAUAGUUAUACAGAGCCAGUACAGUACAAUCUCAAGUGAGAGUGGGUUGAAAACAUUGACCAUGUAGUAGGCUACUAUGUCCUUCAGGACCAUAGAACGCUGCAGGUUCAGUUUCCCUGAGUGGGUCUUUGUACCAGGACUCGGUACAAACAAGGAAACCGUGGGCUGAUUAGCAAUCAGCUCAGAUGUGUCAAGUGCACACACUGGAGAGGCUGGCUAAUUGAAAGUCUGGACUUUCUGCUAGGGAAUACCUAAAACUGUCCAGAAAAAGAAAGAAAUACCCACUCGCUUUAUGUCAUUAUCUAUGAGUCUGGCUCUCCAACACAUUGCCUUUGUUUUUGGUUGACCAAAGAAUGAAGGGAAGAUCUAAGAUCAUCUUGACAUGCCAAAUACAUUACUCUAAUUUCAAAGCAUGGAUAAAAUCUCUCUAAGAUAAUUAUCUCUGUGAAAAUGAUUCUGAAGUUCCUAUGACACUAUAUUCCUAUGAUCAUGUAACAGGGUUGUCUGAAAUGAACGAUGGCUUAUUUCCAGUUUCAACAUACAGCAUAAUGUGACUUUGUGCUGUACCAUUCCACUGUCUUCAGACCUCCAGGCCUGUCAUCUUGGCUUUGCAUCAUCCUGCACCCCUCCUGUGGCAUAUUGAGCCUGGUGCCCCUGAAUCACUUUGUCACCUGAUGGCCUGUCUCUGUCACUACCAGGGGUUUUCUCUAUUCUCAGCCCUAUCAGAACUAACUGAUUUCAGCAGAGGGUAUCUGUCAGUCUAGAACAGAAACCCAAUCCAACAUAUGUGGCUUCAUCAGACCUCUGGGUAGCUGGGAGCCUGUUAGCAAGCGCCGCUGUUAGCAGGUAAACAUUAGUAUAGUAAUUAGCCCUCGCUAAUUCUCCCAAUUAAAGCUGUGUUGUUCCCUCUCUAUUCCCUCUCCUGUUCUUUCUCUCUCUCUCUCUCUCUCUCUCUCUCUCUCUCUCUCCUCCUCUCCUCUCUCUCUCCUCUCUCUCUCUCUCCUCUCUCUCUCUCUCCUCUCUCUCUCUCUCUCUCUCUCUCUCUCUCUCCUCUCUCUCUCUCUCUCCUCUCUCUCUCUCUCUCUCUCUCUCACUGUUCCUGUUCCUUCUCUGUCUCCCCCUCCCCCCUCUCUCUCCCCCCUCUUCCCCCCCUCUCUCUUGCCCCCUCUCUUCCUGGUGUUGUCCCAGAGGAGGAGUUUAACCUGGACGACAGCCAAUGGGAGGACAUCAACGUCGUCACCGGGGCACUCAAGAUGUUUUUCCGGGAGCUGCCAGAGCCCCUGUUCCCCUUCCCAUUAUUUGAGCUGUUUGUGGAGGCCAUCAGUGAGUAUACAGCCUAGCUGUUUUUUGUGUGUUUUUUUUUGUCAUCAGCACAUCAGUUUUAGUGUCAGCAUAUUCAAGCAUAUUCGCAAAGCUUGCACUUGCAGUCAGGUUUCAGUCACCUUCAUUUUGAGGUCAAGAAGAGUGAAAAUUUGGAAUGUAAUGAAAAUCUCCAGAUUAAUAAUGGUUUGUGUCAGAACUGUGUAACGGUUGAUAUUCUACUAGUGAAAUAGGCAGGCUAGCCUGGGUUUUUACAUAGUAACACAUGCAUCAGGCCCUGUGGUGUGUUAGCAUUAAUCCUGUUUAUACUGUACUCCAUGUGCUUUUAUUUGCCUCUAGAAACAUUGUCCUCAAGGCAGCUCACUUAAACACUAAAUGAUUUUUCAUUCAGAGAGAGCUGAGAGAGAGAGAAGAGAGAGAGAGAGAAGAGAGAGAGAGAGAGAGAGAUAGUCGAGAGAGAGAGAGAGAGAGAGAGUAUAUUACGAUAUAGAUAUCGAUCGUCUCAGUCUAGCUCUCUCUAUACGCUUCUCUCUCGUCUCUGCUACUAGUCUCGCGCGCUCUCUCUCUCUAUCUCUCUACUGCCGUCAUCUCUCUGCUCUUCGCGCUCCCACCUGAGGAUUGAGCUGUGGUACAGUAUGCUAAGUUGAUACUCCAAUAUCUGCUUAGCAACAGAGGUGAAAUCAAUAGACAUCUUUCCACAUGGUCACUUGGCACGUACAGUAUGUAUGGGCCCAGAGGAAAACAACAUCAGAGUUAGAACUUUAAGUUGCAUUUGGAGGCGGUGAAUAAACUAUUCGAACAUUCGGAUGGAUCCACACAGUAUGUGCAGGAUAUCAUUCUGUGCUUCAUGUACAAUGUACUGUAUCAUUGACUCCACUUACACCAAGUGGUCUCAAAAAGGUAGCAGAAUUAUCUGCGUCUUUCUAUCUGUCCAGUCAAAAGAGGUCGCUGUAGAACUGUGAGGUGGGUCACCUCUCUCUCUCACCCCUGAGAUCCCCUGGUCGUAAGUGGGGGAAUUCUACGGGCCAAAGGUCACGGCAGCCAGGGCUGGCAGUCCAGACAGAAGCUAACACCAGAUCAGAUCUGACACUGAGUCAUGUGUCGUCGUACUUCCACUCUACUCCACCACACACACACACCCCUCCACACACACACACACACACCCCCAACCCACGACUCAAUUAACCCCCAUCAUGCCAGUGUUCAGGCUCCCACCCUAGCUGCCGUCCUACUGACGCCAGAGUUAACCUUGUGUAAACAAUACUACUAAAGGUUGUGCUCUUGUGUUGAAAUGCUACCUGGAGCCUGUAACCCCACCUCAGGGUUGGAGUACAGGGGCCAUCAGCCCUCUCCUGAGCUCCAUGGAUAAAACAUAAGGAAAUGACAUUGAAUAAUGUGCUUUAAUAUGUGCUUUUUCUUCUACCCCUUAUUUCUUUUUAAUUUGUUCAAUAUGUGUCAUUUGUACAAAAGUGCCUGCUGUUAUCAAUGCUGUCCCAUCCCAUCCCCAAAUAUUCUCUCAGAGACCCUAGAAGCCCCCGGAAACAGAUUGCAAAAACAAUCCCAAGGUGGUGUUAUAAUUUGGCAAUAAAUAUUUACAUGCUCCAGAAUGUAGGCCAGAAUCCCCUCUGGCGCUCAAGGUGGUUACAUCCAGUUAAUCAGAUAAGUAUGUGCACGGCUGAUGAGUCUCAGACAGCGUUUAGACAACUAAUUAGCAGUGUAGGAAGCCCUUCAUAGCAGGAGGUGUAAUUAGGAUAACCUGCUACACCGUGCUCCACUGUAGAGAUGAAACGACCAGGGGUGGAGUCACCACAGAUUUGCCACUAAAUGAAUGUAGUUGUGCAACUAAAUAGAUGUAUUAGCAACCAUAUGGUGACGUACACCAUUCAUUUACAUUGCAAAGAUACUGAAGAAAAGACUGUGAAGAUUUAGCAUCAGCACAUGGCAAUCACCUGCCCCACUUCAUUUAAGACGAGCUGAUUGAACUGUCCAGAACAUGAGAGCAAGGCCUCAUCUGCAGCCAACACAUUAUUAGUAGAGUUGUUUGACUUCGUGCCCCAUUUAGGACCUUGAGACUGGGAGCGAGUCUCCUGCUGAUGGAGAUGAUGGGUCGUCAUCAUUAGAGUCGCGUUUCCCGUGCUGGCUGGCCCUGUAAUGGGGUUGCAUUAGGGGGAGUUCCUAUGGGUCCAUGGCUUGUGUGGACGGGAGGUGAGCUGAUUAGGCAGGUUUCAGUAUACAUCACCAGGUCUCUAAUUGAAACCACUGUUCCAAGAGCCAACAGUGUUGCAGCUUACUGGAAUCAUGGGCAGUGUGUAUGUGUUGUUAAGAAUGGGCAGUGUCGUUACCAGAAUCAUGGGCCAAGAGCUUGGCUCCCAUUGGACAAAGAGACUUACAAGUACUACAACAUGAUGGUUAGUGUAGCAUUGGAUGUAGUCCAGUCCAUUCACAUCAUAUGAAAGGAUUUUCUCAGCCACGGAUAAUGGAGAGAGACAUGAUAUUGUUAUCUCCUAAAUAUCCUAAACACAAUGCAAACACUUAUCAUAUCUUCAGUCCUACACCUCCCUUCCUUUCUUUCCCCGGUCUCCUGUUUCAUUUGUUUUCUCUCUACUUUUGUAUGAACAGAUGCCCCCUUCUGUCCCUUCCCUUCUCUCCCUCUCGCCUCUCUCCCUCUCAGCCCCGUAGGUUUGAUUAGUUGUUCAGUCUGAGGUCCUCAGGUGGGGCCCAUGCAGGCCCUGUCUCACUGUCUCCCUUCCAAGUGAGCUGUUCAUUCUUGGAAGGCUGAGAGGAGCAGCUGUGUUUGCAGGCCGUGAUCCUGGCACCAACUUACCACGUUCUAUUAUUCAUGUGGGCCUCAGUAUCAGAGAGGGGUAUCUGGAAUCUCCAGCCACCUGUCUCGCAGACAAACACUCCUUUUUGUUUCGCAAGCAAAUCAAUGCAAACACUGAUGAAUUGAGUUUGAUCUUGUUAAAGCACUGUUUCUAUAGUUUUGUAGAGGAUGGUGGCGGCACUGAUAGUGUUGCCGUAAAAGUGUAAAUGUUUCGGUCGGGUCUUGGGUUGAGACAUUUUUACACUGGUUACAAUAACUAAGAUGUUACAUGUUCAUGGCUCAGUGGAUGCUCUUUGUAUACAUGCAUGCAUGUGUUUAACUGUUGAUAUUUACAAAGAUUUGAACUCUCUUAACAUAAGUGAUUUUAUUCAUGACUGUAAGUCGCUUUGGAUAAAAGCGUCUGCUAAAUGGCAUAUUAUUAUUAUUCCAUUUUUUGGCUCCCAGAACUUCAGAUUGGCCAGCAUCCUUAAAAUUCUUCUUCUGUAAAUUCUAAAAUACUAACCCAAGUUGUUGGGUCCUUGUCUAUGCCCUCAGUAACCAUGGAAAUGGAGUCGUGUGUUAGUAACUGGGCCACCCAGGCGAGGAGAGAAGUCUAAAUACUGCUCCCUCCGCAUCUCCACCAAGCCAGGGACUUUCACAUCAUUAACUAGCUAGCACAGUUUUAUACAUGGCUCUUAUUUAUUCACCAUACUGACACAGAAACAGAAACACAGCGGAAAGACAUUACUGCAGAGAGAAUCGAGGGAAUCUAUUGUGUCUCAGUUGGGGUUGGUUGAUUCACCCACUUAAGCAAUAACUUUACCAAUGUGCAUUCAGUAUUUAUGAUAAUACUGUAGAUUAGGGAAGACAAAAUGCAUGUACAUGACAAAUGUUAGAGAGAAUCACAUUUCUCUAUAGUGUUUGGUAUCUGUUUGAAAUACAUUUGUAAAUAGUUAUCAUGGUGAUAUCCUACAUUCUACAGGAAGGGCUAGACUACAAUUGGGUCAGCUCAUCAGAUGCAUAUUUUCUUGGAAAAUGGUAAAGUCCAGUGCUAGCUCCAGGUCAUCUUGGGUUACACACCACUUCUCAAGCUUCAAAGAGACACAUCAUUUACAUAUGAAUAAUUGCACAUAUUUAUGAUCUGGCCUAGUUUAGCUGAUAAUCACCAUUACGGUAGGAAAGAAUAGCAUUCUAUAGUCUACCUCAAAUGCAAAGCGCACAUCACAGAAAGGCAGAGAGCCCAGAGCCCUACAAGUCCUGUAGCAUACAAAGGAGGUGUUUUUAUUAGUUUGACAUUGUUUGGUUUGUUUCUAUUUCUGACUUAUUGAGUGCAUACAGAGCACUCAUCAUAAUCACGGAUGGAUUAUUAACUUACGAUCUGUGUUCAUAAUGAGGAUUAAUUGUGUUUGUGUAUUUUCUGUAAUGGGGAAUGUGGUGCAAAGUACUCCCAUGAAUAUGCAAUUAAAGAUUGAACAAAUUAGAAAAAACUAUCUAGAAAUUCUGCAUUUCUGUACUAUUGUGCUGAGACCUCUUAAGUUGGUAAUGUUUCAGUUUGAGAAUAAUAAUUCUUCAUAAUUAAGUUUUACCUUUGAUCAAGAUACUUGAAGAUACUACCUUUUUAUGAAAUGGGGGCAUUCAAUGGUACUUAUUAGUUCAUUUAUUUUUAUAACACUCUAAAACUCCACCUCAUUUGCAUGUGAAGUAAGCUGGCCAUGCAAAUCGUUUGAAAUGCAAAAAUAUCUAGUUUCUAUAUUUCAUCAAGGAGCUUUUCAUGUUUAAUAUAUUACAGACACCAUCCUCUAAGACUUUGUUAUUCAUUAACCAAAAGCACACAAUUGGGAUCCAUUUAAAAUCUUAAUCACAACCUGCAGGAUUAUUUGCUUUCUGCUAAUAUUUGCCUUGACGGGGCUUUAGUGAGCCAUGCAGUACACUAAGCCUGGAGAUGAGGUUGUACAGCUAGAUUUCCUGAAACAAAAUACAUUUCCCCGUUUGUAAUGGGAUUAUAUCCACAGCGGUUUAGAUGCUGAAUGUGUAUCUAGUCACUGUGUCACCGAUUGAAACACUUAUCAAAAAUCAAAAAGAGAAGAAAAACUUGCGGCUAUUGUACAGUAAUUGGUUCUCACAGAAAUCUCUAUGAAUAUACAGCUAUUGACAUUCUCAAAUUUCGAACAUUGGGUUUUAAGAUUUACAUUGCGUAUGUUUAAUAAUUAAGAAAGUAACUUUGCAAAAAUGUCUACAAUUCCAUAAAUCUUAUUGUCCCAACUUGAUACCUUAAAACAAAACAAAUCAAAUGUUAUUUGUCACAUACACAGUUUACAGCAGGUAUAAAAGGUGCAGUGAAAUGCUUACAGGCUUACAAGGUUUUAAAAAGUUUGUAGGCAUUUCUUUGCCAUUUACCUUCUUGUUCCAAUCCAUACAGAUCAGCAAUUCUUAAAUAUUUGUUCGGGAUCAAAGGACUAUUCCAUGGUUACACCCCUUACACAGUAUUGAUUUUCAUUGGCACAGGCGUGUUUGUUUGUUGUUGUAUACAGACCUGGAUGGGGAGUUGUAAUGGUCUGUUGUCAUAGCAGCUCAUAAAUCACUCAAUCCCCUCUAGGUGGCCGAAAGCUGCCUAAUGCUGCAGCCGGGGACUAAAGUUGACAUGACUAAUGUUCGUUUAGUCUUCUGUGGGGUACGCUCUCUCCCUUGAGAUGUUUCCCAUUAUCGAGAGGCUUUACUCCUGUCCGAGCCAGAUUCAUAACAAUAUUGAAUUUGCAAAAAAAGGAAAUUGGGUCUUCCAGGAAAUGGUACCACACUUAAUGUCCUAUGCUUGCUAUGGUUCCCAAAAGUCAGCUCAGUCAAUUAAAUAAUCACAACUUAAUUUAUAAGAAGGCUGAAAAUUAUCUUCCAGUUUAGAGUACUUGUGUGAAGAGCAGUAUUACACGUAUUCUUCUGGCUCCCUUGCUCAUCCAGUGCCAUAUUAUAUGACCCUGUGUGACUUUAUGGGUCAGGUUGUAUGUUUCAGUGUGUGGUACAUUGGAGUGAAUCAGCAAAUGUAGAUGCUAUAAUCAUAACAGGGAAUUUCAGCCUGCUUUAAAUUAAUGACACUGUCCUCGCCAUCUGUCCACAAUGGUGAGCUGAGGGGCAUCUCCAAUAUGUCAGCCACCAACGGCAAAGUAAUGAAUGAAUCAUGUCCUUUGUGCCAGUAAUGUAGACUAGAUUAAAUAUUUUAGGGUGAGGCCUACUAUUGAUUAGUUGUGUAGCAGCAGGUGCCUCUUAUAAACAGUUCUGCAUUGUACUUAACAGAUAUAUUGCCUGAUCUAUUUCAGAGUGGGUCAUCUCUAGUCAAUUCUGAUAAUCUCAGUGAUAACUUCCAGUCAUAGUUGAUACUGAGGACAAAAACUAAACAGGAAAACUCUGUUCAGAGUGACAGCCUGUCCGCCAGGCAGGGCAGGGAAAGCUGCCACACAUUCCAUCCUGCCGGGCCGGCACAGAGCAGAGCGUGGCUCAGGCUAGGCUCACCUAGAGCAGAAGGUCAGGGGCCCUACUCUCUCUCCCAGAACGGGUUUGUCCAUCUGUGCCCAACUGGCAGGGUUGGCACCCAACGUGGGCAUCUGCCACCUGUGCCUGUGCCAGCUCGGUGUACAUGCUGACAUCUGCUCUGGCCGUGCUCAAGGGGAGCCUCCACGGUACGACAGACAGGGGGCCAAACAUUGUCCUCGCCUCGCUCUGCGGCACUGUCUGCUAACAACCUGGGGUAAUGAGAACAGGCAGAGCUGAGGAGACUCCAUUAGGCCAUUAGUGUUAACCUAACCUGUGGGUUCCUCUGGAGGUCAGAGAAACAUGCUGAGCAGUGAGCACGGGGAGGAUAGAGCAAGCAUGAGGUUAUUGUCACCUUUUAGCAGGAUGUCGAUAUAAAUAAACAGGUAGCAGGUUUCAACAGAUGGAUGGGAGGUGUUGAAUGGCUGUAGUGCCACAGUGGGUGGGACAGUUUUUGGACUAUAGAUGUGUUACUGAGUGUUGCAGUUUCUUGUCAUAUUUAUCAGGGAUUGAGGACUGGAUUUGUCUUGUUUUAUAACAAAAACUAUUUUACAAGUACUUUUCACUCUCUCCCUCUUUAGCAAAUACAGCAACACAAACAUACACAUUCACACAUGUUUCCCCAACUGUUCCUAAAUGGAGUAGCAUUACAGAAAGCAAACAUCUGUUCAGAUUAAUAACACGCAAAGUUGUUUUGGGGUGGAAUUCGGGGUGGAAAAGGAGCUUGAUCCCUGGGCUGGUUGUAUUGGCGUCCCCGCCUGGCCUGGCCCCUGAGGACUAAAUCAUCGAGGAUUUUCUCCCUGGGAUUAUCUAACUGAUCUGACCAUAGUGUUAGGUUUCUAUUUGGUUUGAUUACAAUCAAAUAAAGUCUCACCAGUCCCAUUGAAACACAUGCACAGUGUUUGAGUGAAUUCAUUGGUGUAUUCCUCUUACCUACCAUAGAACAGUGUACUGCAGGCAUGCACUAUCGGGAGAGGAGGUCCGGUCUUAAGAGUGUUACCCAUCAGCUAUCACAACAUGAUGGAUGCUACCAAUUUCUAAGGGUCAUAGGUCAGACACAAUGUUGCCAAACAGUUUACCAUCUAUAUAAGGCUUGUGCAUUAGGGGUAAGGGCCCAUCUGACUCCCCAUUGGAGACUAGGACGUUCCCUUGGGAUGGCUAAUUGGUCAGCCAUUAAGUGUUGUGUUACAGUAACAGAAAGGCUCUAAUGGUUUCCAGUAAUAACAAUAAUGAUCAUCCAUUAAAAAAAGUAUAAGUAAAGUCUCACUAACUCUUGAAUUGAAUAUGAAUAAUCAGACAAACAUCUACAUUUGGAUAAUCAAUCUUUAUAGUGUUGUCACUCUUAACGAUAUUCCUCCAAAUCUUCCUUCUGAACAGAGAAGAAGGAUGGCAAGCAGAAGGUGCAGGUGAUGAAGAAGCUGGUACUUCAGCUCCCUAAACCCAACCAGGACACCAUGAGAGUACUCUUCAGACACCUGCAGAAGUAAGUUCACAGCCUGUUAAUGUCAUUGGAGCACAGCCAGAACAUGUUGUAUUCAAUGUCCAGAAUUCGAAUGCAUUGUAGAAUGCAGUAGGUAAAUGCUACAGUACUACAGUAGUAGUACUACUAACUCAGAAAUAGUAUUUUUUUCUAUUAGCCCAGUGUUUUUAAAAAGCAGAUUGACAACAGAGGGUCAAACGUACAGUAAAGGGUGACGGAGAGGUCACACUAAAACAUCAAGCUCUGUAGAAACUUAAGUUUGAACCUCCUAUCCCCCUUCCCCCCACCCGAACGUGGCAUCCCGGCCCCAUGUGUACAGGACACGGGGAAAUGACCUCAGUGCUGCCUGCGUGUGCAAGUUGCCUGGCCCCGGUCCACUCUGACUGUCCUGGCCAGGCUAAAGGGGCCAUAUGGCUAAACCCAUGUCCCAGGAGAGGUGUUCUAUCCCAUCUUACCCUUCUCCAUAUUUACCACCCCACACAGGAGGCCAAAUGACUCAUUUUAGAUUGAUGAGCCCCUCCCUAACUGGAACAUACCCCUUGGCUGCAGCAGAGGACGAGUGUGUGUUUGUCUGUUUGCUUUCGAAUGCCAGGUCCCUCAAUAAGUCCAACCCCCCCCAUUCAUAUCCCGAUGCAGAAUCGCCUGCAGAGAUCACCCCAAAACAUCUCUAUCUCUUUAUCUCUCUCUCUCUCUCCCUCUUCUCACUCUCCUCUCCCUCUUCCUAUCUCGCUCUCCCUCUCUCUCUUUCAGCAAUGACACACCUAGUUCAAAGAAUGAUUUCAGCUGCAUUUCUAUCCUAUUUCUCAGUCCUUCUCAGCUCUUCUUUGCAGCUCCUAUAUGCAGCUUUGCAUAAUAGAAUGUUGAAUAAUAUCCUCAUAACAACUGUCAAUGGACUGAGUGAAGUAAUGUUACUGACGCAUUGUUUUGCUCACACGGUUUCAUUGCGAGGGGAUUGUGGGGACAGGGUAAAUCCCAGGCAGUGCCUCCAAGUCUGCCCCCACCACAAAAUGACUUCUCCCUGCCCUCUCACCAUGCAAAUAAUCAAGCCAGAACGUCUCAUGUGAAAGAAUGGCAGAAGAACGGGCCCCUAGGGACCAGAUCCAGGACUUUGGCUGCCACACCCUUACCUACUGAUGUGGUUUAGCUCUAAUUCACUUAUUUCUUUCUCUCCCUCUUUCUCGCUCUCUGUCUCGCGCCAUACCGCGUUCACUUCCAGUCCCACCCUUUAUUUCUCAUAGGCUAGAUGCGUUUGCCUAAUCUAAAUUUCACACCAGACCACAGUAAAUUGGGAUCAUGUGUGAUUUAUUUAUUUAUUAUUUGCAUUUUUUUCCCCCGAAGAGCUGAGCAGCAUUGGAGGGCGCACAGGCACAGUGUAUAGAACAUUCUCUCUGAGAUUGCCAGAGGAGAAAAAGAGGGGGAACACUGAGAAAUUAUUCUAAAGACAAUUAGAGGAAAAUAAUGAGUGUACGAAGUUAACGCUGAAAAACGCUUAUCCGUGGUGCAUGUUGCCUUAUCGAGGAUAUCAAAUGAGAUUACAAAAAGGCACUGUGGAGACGGAGUGUGUGAAUGUGUGUCCCUGCCUCCUAUAUUAAACAACUUUUAUUCCAGAAGGAAGAGUGGUUUAUGAUCCCAGGCUUCACUAAGCGGUUUUAUUUCAGUCCUGGCUGGGUUGGCUGUGCCUUCAGUAAUGUAGGAGUCUAUGAAGUUUUCUGACUGCUUUGUUGUGGCUUCAUUCUCUGCCUGUGUGGAACCAGUGUUCCUUUUUCCCUCAAUCCAUAGGGUCUGGCUUCAAUAUCGAGCUGUGUACUUGCAUUGUGAUGAUGUGGUCAAGGAAACCAGAUUCUCUGAAGUGUACCUUCACUUAACCAUUCUAUUUAUUCUCCUUUUUGUAAGUGUUUUUGUCACUGCUGUUCAUGGUACCAUUUACCACAAGGGCUUAAAAAAAAAUCCAUGGGCUUUAAAUUCCUGCUGACCUUACUACAGAGUGGAAAUAAAACCUCUAUAGGCGUGGUAGGUAGCCACAGCCAAGGCUAGGAGAUGAAUCAAAAUCAACGGGUGCUGCUGAACCAGAAUGGAUGACAUAGGUCUGUCUAGGACAGCUCUUAUUAUUGGCUCUCAACUGCCAUGAUCCAAUGCAGUGUUGUUUAGCCAUAGUGCACCAAGAAGAUGCUCUCUGCUUGGAAACUUUUCAACACUUCAACUCAAAUGUUUGGUCCAAUGGGGUAUUUUUAGUUCAGAUCAAAUGGGGCGCUGUCUGUUCACUUUACGAGACUGACACUUAUAGUUUCAACCUCCGAGCCUUAGACCACCCCCCAUCCCCUCUCCUCCUCACCCCACCUCCUCCGGCUUCCUGGCCCUCCCUCCCUCCCUCCCUCCCUCCCUCCCUCCCUCCCGCCCGCUCCUCCUCACCCCACCUCCUCUGGCUCCCUGGCCCUCCCUCCCUCCCUCCCUCCCUCCCUCCCUCCCUCCCUCCCUCCCUCCCUCCCUCCCUCUCCUCCUCACCCCCACCUCCUCCGGCUCCCUGGCCCUCCCUCCCUCUCCUCCUCACCCCACCUCCUCCGGCUCCCUGGCCCUCCCUCCCUCCCUCUCCUCCUCACCCCACCUCCUCCGGCUCCCUGGCCCUCCCUCCCUCUCCUCCUCACCCCACCUCCUCCGGCUCCCUGGCCCUCCCUCCCUCCCUCCCUCUCCCUCCCUCCCUCUCCCUCCCUCUCCCUCCCUCCUCACCCCCAUCUCCUCUUGGCUCCCUGGUCCUCCCUCCCUCUCCUCCUCACCCCACCUCCUCCGCUCCCUGGCCCUCCCUCCCUCUCCUCCUCACCCCACCUCCUCCGGCUCCCUGGCCCUCUCUCCCUCCCUCCCCUCACUCUCCCUCCCUCCUUCUCCCUCCCUCCCUCCUUCUCCCUCCCUCCUCACCCCAUCUCCUCUGGCUCCCUGGCCCUCCCUCCCUCCCUCCCUCUCCUCCUCACCCCACCUCCCUCUCCUCCUCACCCCCACCUCCUCCGGCUCCCUGGCCCUCCCUCUCUCUCCUCCCUCUCCUCCUCACCCCACCUCCCUCUCCUCCUCACCCCACCUCCUCCGGCUCCCUGGCCCUCCCUUCCUCCCUCCCUCCCUCUCCUCCUCACCCCACCUCCCUCUCCUCACCUCCCUCUCCUCCUCACCCCACCUCCUCCGCUCCCUAGCCCUCCCUCCCUCUCCUCCGGCUCCCUAGCCCUCCCCUCCCUCUCCUCCUCACCCCACCUCCCUCUCCUCCUCACCCCACCUCCCUCUCCUCCUCACCCCACCUCCUCCGGCUCCCUGGCCCUCCCUCUCUCUCCUCCUCACCCCCACCUCCUCCGGCUCCCUGGCCCUCCCUCCCUCCCUCUCCUCCUCACCCACCACCUCCCUCUCCUCCUCACCCCACCUCCUCAGGCUCCCUGGCCUUCCUCCCUCCCUCUUCCUCCCUCCCCCUCUCCCUCCCUCCUCACCCCAUCUCCUCUGGCUCCCUGGUCCUCCCUCCCUCUCCUCCUCACCCCACCUCCCUCUCCUCCCUCUCCUCCUCACCCCACCUCCUCCGGCUCCCUGGCCCUCCCUCUCUCUCCUCCUCACCCCACCUCCUCCCCUCCCUGGCCCUCCCUCUCCUCUCCUCUCCCCACCUCACCACUCCUCCUCACCCCACCUCCUCGGCUCCCUGGCCCUCCUCCUCUUCCUCCUCCCCCCACCUCCCUCCUCCUCCUCCCCCACCUCCUCGCUCCCUGCCCCUUCCUCCCUCCUCUUCCUCCCUCCCUCUCCCUCCCUCCUCACCCCACCUUCCCCUCCGCUCCUGCCCUCCCCCCUCCUCCUCGCCCUCCCACCCACCUCCCUCUCUCCCUCACCCCACUCUCCGGCCCUGGCCCUCCUCUCUCUCCUCCUCACCCCACCUCCUCCGCUCCCUGGCCCUCGCCCUCCUCUCACCCACCUCCUCUCCUCCUCUCCCCCCCUCCUCGUCUCCCUGGCCCCUUCCCUCCCCUCCCUCCUCCCUCCCCCCUCUCCCUCCUCCCUCUCCCUCCCUCCUCCCCCCAUCUCCUCUGGCUCCCUGGUCCUCCCUCCCUCUCCUCCUCACCCCACCUCCCUCUCCUCCUCACCCCACCUCCUCCGGCUCCCUGGCCCUCCCUCCCUCUCCUCCUCACCCCACCUCCUCCGGCUCCCUGGCCCUCCCUCCCUCUCCUCCUCACCCCACCUCCUCAGGCUCCCUGGCCCUUCCUCCCUCUCUUCCCAUCCCCACCUCAAUGUAUUAUCUGUCCCAUGAUCCUGAAGGAGUCAGUGAUCCUGACCCAAUUAGGAGGAGCCUUCCAGGCGAGGAGGAGGGAAGGCGGGGAGGAGGAGGUGGUGGAGAAGAAGGAGGGGACCCAAUCAUGGUCCAGCUCCCAUUUCCUGUCAUGCCCCGCCUGGAGAAACUAGAUGCUAAUUAAUUACCAUUGGCAUCUUGGGCCGUGCACGUCAGCUCAUGUAGGAGACAUCAAUGAUUCGUCAGAUCAAAUCAUGAGUCCCCUCUGGUCACCUCUCUGGGUAGGGUAGGAUGGACAUUGCUGAUAUGAGCUGUGCAUGCCACCACGGCUUUUUGGAAACACUAUGCCAGGGCGUUGGUAACUAGUCAUUGCAUGCACGUUUGGGUGUGCAGUAUUUGAAGUGUGAUUUCGUUUUCUGUAGGUAUAGCUAGUGGUAGAGGUAGUAGCAGUUGUCGUUUGUAGUCAGAGGAAGAGGAGAUGCGGAGUAGCUAGUGUCAGCAUAUUAACACUGUUAUACCAGUCUCCAUUGUGCAGAGGCAGAAUGAUCCUGAGAACUUAGUAAGGUGAUAUAUUCCUUCUGUGAAUAUACAGUGGAAUUACUUUAAUAAUUAAUAAUAAUAAUAUACAGUGGAAUUACUUUAAUAAUUGAGUUGCCUUAUUUGAGAUCAUUAGUGAACCAUUAGGCAUGGUAAUCCAGACCCUUAGAUCAUCUCAGUGUUCUAAUUAAGUUAAAACGCUGAUGGUCAGACAGGCAGAGAACAGUGAUGCACUGUACACAGGCACAGGGCUGAGGUUAAUUGCAGACAUAAAUAGGAAAUUAUAGCGUGUACACAUUUUAAUCAGGUUUCACUCUAAGACACACUCCAAAACACUUAGUCACAUGGACAUCAAUGCAUGCAAACACAGAGUAGCUCAACCUACAGUAAUGUGAAAUGCAUGGAUAGACUGUAUUUACCAGGUGAAUAAAACUAUAUUUACAAGGUCAAAUGAAAUAAAAAGCACGUGCACAUCAUAUUGUCCACCUCAAGUACAGGCUUUCAGUAAACUCUGUUUUUCCCAAUCAUCCCCUAAAUUAUAUAUUUUACCAGACUCUUACAGCACAUGCAUGCGGUGACAGUAAAUCUCUAAUUCUGCUUUGCUAGCACCGAUAAAUAGGUGGCAGUGAAUUUAACUUCCUGCAAUUACACUCCCACCUGUGAACGUAAGUGCUCUAGUAUGGAAUCAAUUAUGGCACUUUUUUCACAAUAUAGUUCCUUCCAAGACAUCAGUGUUCUUUGCCUUACUAGCAUUAUGGCACAGGGAGACACUGUUCAGUACUUGCUACAUUGGUUUUGCAAAAGCUACCACUAUUGCAUUAUUACUAUACAUAAACUACCACAGUACAUUGAUACAGAUUCGCUCUGACACGUAGCAUGAUAGCAUAUUUUAUGGAAAAUAUAAUUUAUUGGCUUAAAGUGAGAUGAGGAUAAUUAUUCAUAACGAUUAUGUCAGGUUGGAUCAUCAUCAUGCCUUUCUUUUAGUAAUGAGCUUGAGAAAUAUGCAUGGCAUGUACAAGCCGGGUCGAUAUUAUAAUGACAUAUGGCAGAGCAAGAUGUUGACCAUCCCACAUGAUUAACGAUUUAGAGGCAUAUUUCCAUUGGUGAGAGAUACAGCCUGAUCGUGACCUUUCCAGAAACAUUUUUUAUUGACAUAUACUGUAACACUGAAAUCAGCUGUUUAGACAGACUAUCCCUAAUGUGAAUGUCAGUCCGUCUUAAAUGUCUAUCCUGAUUGCGCUCUUGCAUACCUGUACAGUCGUGGUCAAAAGUUUUGAGAAUGACACAAAUAUUAAUUUUCACAAAGUCUGCUGCCUCAGUUUUUAUGAUGGCAAUUUGCAUAUACUCCAGAAUGUUAUGAAGAGUGAUCAGAUUAAUUGCAAAGUCCCUCUUUGCCAUGAAAAUGAACUUAAUCCCCCAAAAACAUUUCCACUGCAUUUCAGCCCUGCCACAAAAGGACCAGCUGACAUCAUGUCAGUGAUUCUCUCGUUAACACAGGUGAGAGUGUUGACGAGGACAAGGCUGGAGAUCACUCUGUCAUGCUGAUUGAGUUAGAAUAACAGACUGGAGGGUGGUGCUUGAAAUCAUUGUUCUUCCUCUGUUAACCAUGGUUAGCUGCAAGGAAACACAUGCUGUCAUCAUUGCUUUGCACAAAAAGGGCUUCACAGGCAAGGAUAUUGCUGCUAGUACACCAGUGCAGAGCUUGCUCAGGAAUGGCAGCAGGCAGGUGUGAGUGCAUCUGCACGCACAGUGAGGCGAAGACUUUUGGAGGAUGGCCUGCUGUCAAGAAGGGCAGCGAGGAAGCCACUUCUCUCCAGGAAAAACAUCAGGGACAAACUGAUAUUCUGCAAAAGGUACAGGGAUUGGACUGCUGAGGACUUGGGUAAAGUUAUUUUCUCUGAUGAAUCCCCUUUCCGAUUGUUUGGAGCAUCCGGAAAAAAGCUUGUCUAGAGAAGACAAGGUGAGCGCUACCAUCAGUCCUGUGUCAUGCCAACAGUAAAGCAUCCUGAGACCAUUCAUGUGUGGGGUUGCUUCUCAGCCAAGGGAGUGGGCUCACUCAUCAUUUUGCCUAAGAAUACAGCCAUGAAUAAAGAAUGGUACCAACACAUCCUCAGAGAGCAACUUCUCCCAACCAUCCAAGAACAGUUUAGUGACGAACAAUGCCUUUUCCAGCAUGAGCACCUUGCCAUAAGGCAAAAGUGAUAACUAAGUGGCUCGGGGAACAAAACAUCGAAAUUUUGGGUCCAUGGCUAGGAAACUCCCCAGACCUUAAUCACAUUGAGAACUUGUGGUCAAUCCUCAAGAGGUGGGUGGACAAACAAAAACCCACAAAUUCUGACAAGAAUGGGCUGCCAUCAGUCAGGAUGUGGCCCAGAAGUUAAUUGACAGCAUGCCAGGGCUGAUUGCAGAGGUCUUGAAAAAGAAGGGUCAACACUGCAAAUAUUGAUUCUUUGCAUAAACUUAAUGUAAUUGUCAAUAAAAGCUUUUGACACUUAUGGAAUGCUUGUAAUUAUACUUCAGUAUACCAUAGUAACAUCUGACAAAAAUAUCUAAAAACACUGAAGCAGCAAACUUUGUGAAGACCAAUACUUUACAACAGCUAGAUUGACUGAACUAUUAUGGUAGUUGUCACAAAGAAUCCUAACUCCAUACAACUGGGAAAAAGGUCAGAGGAUUCUAGUGUGUGUUUUCUUACAAUACAUGUGCACUACAUCUAGGCAAUGACAGUGUGAGGCUGGACAAUAUACAGACUGCUUUUUGUUUUAUGACAUGUAAGCCAUAGAUAACAUCACUUAGGGCUUUCCAAAAGACCAGCUUCAGACGCCGCAGCGCUGCAGUGCCUAGGCCUGGCACCCUGACAAUACCUUUUGGAUGCAAUUAUCUGCUGAGAGGCCCUGUGUGGAUCCGUUUUGGGCACGGAGGGACCCCAUCCCACCUCAGAACGCUCCGUCAAGAGCCCACUGACAGCUUGGAAAUGCGCCCCACGCCACAGCCCUUCCAUCCUGUUCCAGGCCUCACUCCAUAACGUGCCCGGAUGCCUGUGGGCGGCAGCCUCCUCCACGGAGGGAGUAGAGACUGGAGCGGAGUGGGUCCCCCUGCCUGGGCCUUUGUCGCACAGCCAAGCCUCAGCUCAGGAAGAAUACUUCUCUAAAAGCCUCCCUGUAUCACGUUCUCUGUGCUUUCCCCCAGAAAGUACAACCACUGAGUCCUCAUACACCCUGCGUAGCGUACUGCUCAUGUGAAGAGAAUGGAAUAUAUUUCUAAUGGAUUAUGACAAAGGAAGAAGGCGAGGCAAUCUGUACAGUGAAACAAAAGCAGGUCACUGCAGAUCGUACAGUAGAGAAUAUAAUCUCAUUGCGGCAUAGAAUCCUACAGCAUGUCUGUAAUAUACAAGAGUUGCAUGUGCUUCUUAAUUUCCUGCCCCUGUUUUAUCCAGUCCCCAAGCCUUCUCCAGACCUCCUCUCUGCCCUGAAACUCCAUCCAGAUUUAUUUUGUAACUUUCCCUAUUCAGAUACAGUAGAGUCAAUAGAUGUUCCGCAGUUGACUGCCGGUGCUGAAUGUGUGGCAUGAAGUGAGCGGUUUAGUUGUGGCUGAACCUGGAUCUUUGAGUACACAAAGCUGCGUGCACAAAUGAUAUACUGAGUUACCAAUACUGAAAUAAGAUAUGUUUUCAACAGGGGCCAUUCAAGGGUUAAAAAUCGGCCUUGCUAACAAAUCUACUGAAUGUGUGCAGAAAGUAUCCACCAUUUUCCAGUGGCAAUGAGAUGUCUCUUUUUGUGAUGAUCAUUGAUGUUGACUUGAAAAACCUUGUUUCGUGACUUUUUAUUCAUUUAUAUCCAUUGUUUCAAGCUCAACCAUCUAAAUCCAAGCUCUCUCUUAUUUUCCCAGAUAAUUUAACCCUUAUCUCUCUGCAGGAUUCUGACGUGUUCGCGGAAGAACCUGAUGUCGACCCAAGGCAUCAGCAUCGUGUUUGGUCCGACACUCAUGUGGCCUGAGCUGGACUGUGGGAACAUGGCGGUCAACAUGGUAUAUCAGAACCAGAUAGUGGAGUUCAUCCUCAUUGAGAGCCAAGAGAUCUUCGGCCUGGAGAAGAAGUGAUGAGGGCAUUUUAUCUACAGCAAUGGAUGGAUUCAUGAACAGACAAGAGGACUUAUUGUGCCUAAAGCUUGGAGCUAGUUACAUUUACAUUUUAGUCAUUUA